AUGUUGACCUCUGGCCGAAGGUCGACGCCUGUUUUGAUCGCCUUAGCUGCGGCCUUUCUAGGAAGGCUUACACAGGCUGCUCCGCCGAGAAGAGCCGGUGCUUCGUCAGGUUUUCUGGGUCAGGACAGACCUGACACAGACCAACUAGAGGCAACGCAGCCGUCGCUGGGCCCCAUUGGAGACCUGGGGUCUGAUGUGGGUUCUCCGCGUUCUUUCUGGCCCAUCGCGCCCGUCCACGCAGACCGCGCGGUCUUGAAGCAUUCCCCGCUCUGGAAAGUGGUGGGACGAAGUCGAAAGCCCUCGGUCAAACGGGAGCACCCGCACAUGGACAUCGAGGCGUUCUUCUCUUCGACCGUGGCUGGCCAGUGGGUGGCCUUUGGCAUGGUCUGGCUACUGCUUUUGCGGCUUAGUUUGUUCAUCCAUCAGCUGGCGCUCGAGUCCUCUCUCUCUCACGUUAUAGCUCUCGGCAUCUGGAUCCUAGCAGCAAUGGGAUUUCUAACCUGGACCUUUGCUUCCUCCGGCAUGGGCGCCGGAGAAAAGUGGCUGGACGGCUACGUGAUGGAGCUGGUGCUCUCGAUGGAGAACAUCUUCCUCUACCACAUGAUCCUGGUCGCUUUCAAAGUCCCUGCCAAAAUGGCACGCUACGCACUUUUCCUCGUGUCCAUCUUUCAGAUGCUUUUCCAGAUGUUCAUGUUCAUGGGCAUAGCUGCUUGGAUUCGAGAAUUGAAGGUGCUGCCGUACUUGUUGGGUGCCUGGUUGAUCUUGGUUGGCCUUCAAACGAUGCGCGAUGAUGACCACGAAGGCUUUGAUGCUGCACAUUCAGAGUCUUACAAGACUUUCCGACUUGCCAUGGGAGAUCGGCUGCUCCCAAAUUACGAACCUGAUGGCAGUGUGUUCGUGUACAAGAACGGGCUCGUCUGUGUCACGAUGAUGGGGCCCGUUACUUGCUGCCUCUUAAUGGUAAUGUUCGCGAUGGAGGUAGACGUCACUUUGACCAAGAUUGAAGAAAUUGACAGCCAUUUCAUUGCCUGGUCUUCAUCUGUGCUUGCAGCCUUCGCCCUGCCUGAGCUCUUUGUCGUGGUGCGGGAGCUGCUGAGAAGUUUUUACCUCCUCAAAAUCGGGAUUAGCUUCCUUGUGAUUUUCUUCGGCAUCCUGCUGCUCUUCAGAGAUGAUGUCCAGUUGUCGGAUGGCACUGAACUCGCAGUGAUGCUUUCCAUUGUCGUGGGCUCCAUCAUCCUGUCGCCUGCCUUGGGAUACCGGCAACGAGACGCCACCAUGUACUGUGAGGACAACCAGGGACCAGUAUGCCUGAGCCAGAAGGAGGCCAAGACAGGAAAAGAUGCAGGUUGCGAUGCGGCGUCUGAAGCCUCGACCGACUUCACACCCUCCUGUGCAGACUGCCCGGCUCACGACGGCGAUUCCGCAAAGUAG